AACAGUACAAUAAUAAUAGCGGUAAAAUUAUCCGUAGUACCGACACUUUAAGAUGGUGUUUGGGAUGAACGAUUUUCUUCGCUAUUCGCUGUGCUGAUUAUAUAUGAAAUUAAGGAACUCUGUAUGUAUGUACAUACAAGGGUCACUUAUUGAUAGAUAAUGAAGAAAAAGAUGGUCCAACCCAGCUUCCCAAUUCGUGGAAAAAUCAACGAAGGUUACAUGGAAAUCGUUAUAGAUGAUGGUGUCGUGAUAGAAGUUGAGAACAUUUACUGACUGCUGUCUGGACAUGGAUGCGGGAUGUCAAAAUUCGGAUUUAGAUCCAAAAUACUUGCUUGGCCAAUUAAAUACGGCCAGAAAAGAAAUUAAUAAUUUAAGGCAGCAGAUUAAAAGUCUCCGAUACGUCCAUGAAAAAGAUGUAGAUAAUAUAAAACGACUUUUAGGAUUAAGUACGGAUGGUAUUACCUUCCGUGCAUCUAAUUCUAUUCUUACAAGAGGAUCACAGCCAAGCACAAGUACUGAUACUGAUGAUACCUUAAAAUUAAAACCAAUUGGAUUAAUUUCAACUUGGUUUCCAAGUAAGAGAGGAACUCCAAGACAACCGGGUAUUUGUGGCAAAGCCCCAGGAAAAUUAACACUGUUCAACUCUGUAUUCACAAACCCUGAACAUGCUUUGGAAGGAUUACAGGAUUUCUCACAUAUGUGGAUCCUUUUUCAUUUUCAUAGAAACGAUUCAACACAUGUCCGGGCAAAGGUUGCACCGCCCCGACUUAACGGUGCAAGAACUGGUGUGUUUUCUACAAGAUCUCCUCAUCGUCCAUGUCCAAUAGGCUUAAGCCUUGUGAAAAUAGUGAAAAUUGAAAAUAAUACAAUUUUCUUUGAGGGUGUUGAUAUGGUAGAUCAAACACCAGUGUUAGAUAUAAAACCAUAUAUACCACAGUAUGACAAUCCAUUACAUAUCGAAAAGUCAAAUGGUAGACAAGUAGAAUACAAUUUAAAUGAUAGUGAGAUCUUAGAAAAUAUUGACCAAAGGUUGACAGAAGAAGUUGGUAUAAGUGUAAAUGCCAACAUAGACUUCGAUUUUAAUGAAGGAUCUAAUAGAACUGCAUCACAGGAACCAAAUUCUCCUAUUAGUAUAAGCAACGCCACACAAGCCAGUGAUAUUUCACGAGAUGAAGAGAUAGCUCUUAGAUUACAAGCGGAAGAAUUCGAAGGCAUACCAAACUACGAGGACUUUACCGAGUCCAGAAAUUAUUUCCGCAUGCCAGAUAAUUUUGAGAAUGCAAGCGGUUUUGAAAGUAACGCAAUAGCUGUGUCACGCAACCCUGACAUAAUUCGUGAUAGAACAGACGUAUUGAAUACAGAUUUCAAUGCAUCGAACAGACGAGAAGCAACAACAGUAGAAUCUACAAACACUGUUAUUACCAGAAACACAGACUUCCAAUCAGAAAUAAGAGAAACUGGCCAAAGAUUGCAAAGUAUAAAUUUAAAUUCCCACGAUACCAGAAAUGCAAGUCGUACAAUAAGGAGCAACGAUGUAAAUUACACACAGGAUCAGCGAUCUAGAAAUUCCAGACUUCUAGACGGAGCUGAUGGUUCGAGUACUGUUUACGGUACAGACUUAGACUUGAUUCGUAGACGAACUAUAAAUCCAAGACUUGACAAUUCUCCAGUAAGAAUGGGUAUUCGUGAAGCACCAGAUGGUGAAGAGGGUUUUGCAUCUCAAACUCUUACCUCUUCACAGACCGUAUCGAAUAUACAAGGUAUAACUUCGACUUCAAACAGCAAUGUCGUUGAUAGUAUCACUGUGAAUUUAAAUACUGAAGUAAGGGCUGUACAAAAUACACGAGCUGAGAUAAACUCCGCCGAAGUGAGAGUUCCAGAUUGGAUAUUCCGUCCGAGGGUCUCCACAUUGUCCGUUGUCUUCAACGAUCGAGCUCUAAUACAGUUGAAUGAAAUUCUAGAGGAUAAAACGGAUGAGCAAAAACGUGCAAUUGAAAACGUACUACGGGAGGAUCCCAGAUCAGUAUACUUGAGGCAACGCUGGGGAAAUCAAUUUUAUACGUUUUUAAUUCACGACUUACACAUCAGUUGUCGAUUUGACGACAACAGAGGUGUUGUUACAGUGUUCCAGGUUCGACAUGCAGGUCGCACCUGUGAAUGUGGCGAACCUGAAUGGCAAUGUUUAGGUCACUCGCCUUUGUCGUAGUCAUAUUCGUUAAUAAUCGCUACCAGCAAAUGAUACAUGGUGUGGUAUAUUAAAGGAAACCGCGAAUACUUAAAAUUGGGAAUAACAGCUUUCAAUUUUGAAACUAAAUUAUCUAGGCUUAACAAAGCAAUUAAUUUGGUUAAUUAAAAUAUUACUAAGUAUCAAGGUUAAUAAGUUUUACUUUUGUACAAUGUAAAAUCACCCUAUGCUUUUUUUUAUACUGUUUAAGAAAGAGUCAGAUAUAAAAUUAUGAUAUCCUAGAAGUUCCUAUAUGUUUGAUCUAUAGAGACAAUGCAAUGUAAUUUUAAUUACUUUCCAAGCACAAUUUUAUAUGAUAAUUAAAGGUAUAAAUAAAAAGCGACCUGGUCAA